CGGGGCUUCAAGCCAUGCUGCUCAUUGUAUAUUACGAUAUCGUCAAUGUAGAUACUAAUAAAUGACCUGUCUCCGUCGUGACCGUCACUGAUCUGGCGAGCCAUUUAUUUCCUUCCAGCCACCAACCUCAUCAAACAGCGCAGGGAUAUCAAAGAAUUAUUUCUCAGUAUCAAUUAUCAUGCAUGAUUCCGCCAACGCUGAACAGGAUCCCGCCGCGGUAGCCAUCCGAGGAAAAGAGAUCACUGGGCCGGACAUCUUCCAAAAGUCCAACGAUGAGACCUCAGCAGUUCCUCCGCCGGAACUGAUUUCCGAAAUGUUCAGUGACAUCCCAAACGGAGGAACCGACAUGUCGUACGGGGAGAAGGAUUCGCAGCGGCUACGCUUUUGGAAGGGCAUAUCAUCCAAUGCCCCGAUUAUUGUCUUCGUGCACGGUGGCGGUUGGCGAGUGGGAACAUAUUUGGAUUCUGUUGGAUCGACCAAAGUCAGCCACCUUACCAGCAAAGGGUAUUCGUUUGCUAGUGUUAACUAUACACUUGUCCCUACUGUUGCUGUCGAGGAGCAGGUGCAGGAGGUGGCUGACUCGAUUGGGUACUUGGUUAACAAUGCAGUGAGCCUUAAUAUUGACCCAGGACGUCUCGUUCUUAUGGGCCACAGCUCCGGGGCGCAUGUCGUUACACUUCUCGGGACUGAUUCGAGCUAUGUGGAACGAGCAGGGGUAAGUCUUGACGCCAUCCGCGGUAUUAUAGCUCUGGAUGGUUCAUACUAUAAUGCACCAGCCGAGAUCCUUGACAGCCCUGGCCCUGUGGCUGAGAACAUGAUCUACGCACUGGGCAGUGACCCUGAGCGUCUCAAGGCAAUGUCUCCCACUUACCACGCUCGAGGGCCAAAUGCAGAAGCUUUCUUGCUUCUUCAUGUGCAUAGGCAGGGGGACAUCCGACAGGCCAUGGAGCUGGAGGCUGCGUUGAAGGCUGCAGGGACCAGUGCUGCUGUGCAUGUAUUCGAGGGUCAGGGAUUCCACGGCCAUGUACGAAUGCUCCUGCGCCUUGGGGAUGUGGAUUAUCCAGCGACGGUUGUGAUGGAUAACUGGCUGAGGGAGCAUGUUCCGAUUAGUUGACAGCUUAUAUAUUCAUCUGUGCCAUGAAGUAAUGCACGUUAUUCUGUUUGAUGUAGUUUAAGACUAAGAGCAAUCAGG